CUCUCGAAUAUGGACGCAAAGUUGUCAGUUGUUGUACAGCACCAUUGCCACUUGUCGCCUCUAUGCCACCCGCCGCACAAGCACAGGUCUGAUCAUUCUCCAUCUCCCUGCGUUGUUGCUGUGCUGAGCAGGUCACCGGACAAGUCCGUGGAACUGUCGGGCACGAUGGCUUCCAGGACCGUCUACAAGGAUAACUGGUUCGACCGUGCUGCCAUUAAUCACCUCUCCCAGAGGUUGCAAGAAACAACAGGAUUGCGAAGUCGCAAGAGUGGAUAUGAUGGGCUGGUGGAGGCAGCAGGAGUGGCUUAUCGGAAGUUUAAUUCAAGCCAACAACAAGAUCUUAUUAUUCAAACUCUUGAAAAGGCCUUCCCCCGCCCUAUUCUCUCUGCGAUAAGGGCCCUUCUGCCACAAUCCAAAUUUGCAAGAGAAUUUUUUGCAGUCUUCACAACUAUUUUCUUUGCUUGGUUAGUUGGACCCUGCGAGGUGAGGGAGUCAGAAUUUGACGGCACAAAAGAGAAGAAUGUCGUCCACAUAAAGAAAUGCAGGUUCUUAGAGGGGACUAACUGUGUAGGAAUGUGCACCAAUCUUUGCAAAAUGUCAUCGCAAGAGUUCAUUAAAGACUCACUUGGCAUGCCACUCAACAUGGUUCCCAACUUUGAUGAUAUGAGCUGUGACAUGACAUUCGGCCAGGAGCCUCCAUUGGUAAUCAAUGAUCCAGCAUUUGUGCAGCCAUGCUACAAAAUAUGCAAAGAGAACAAAAAGAACCAUAAAAAUUGCACGAGCCAAUAAAGAAGAAAAAGGAAUCGGAACGCAACGCUUUGGGUUUCAAGUAGCGGAUCCAUCCUUCGUCCAUUAGCUCCAGUCACCGAAAUUCUCAUGUGUUUUCGUGGAUGAACUGCCAUAGCAGUCUCUGCAGCUUUAUUUCUUGCAUAAUUUGUUCGGAGAUGGUUUUGUUGUCAUCAGAAAUCGAAAUCAGGGGUAAUUCAGGCAAUCAAGUGUUGUAUUAAAGUUAGCACU